CUGAGCUGCCCCGCGCCUGCGCCCUCGCCCGGCCCCCGGCCCCCGGCCCCCGGCCCCGUCCUCGGCGCCCGCCCCGGCCCGGCCCGCCGCAGCGCCGUCCCUCCGACGCCAUGUCGCACAGCGGGACCCCCGGGCUGCAGGAGGAGAACUUGCAGGGCUCCUGGGUAGAGCUGCACUUCAGCAACAACGGGAACGGGAGCAGCGUUCCAGCCUCCGCUUCUAUUUAUAACGGUGACCUGGAAAAAAUACUGCUGGAUGCCCAGCAUGAAUCUGGACGGAGUAGCUCCAAGAGUUCUCACUGUGACAGCCCUCCGCGCUCACAGACCCCGCAGGAUACGACCCGAGCUUCGGAAGUAGACACCCACAGCAUCGGAGAGAAAAACAGCUCCCAGUCUGAGGAAGAUUAUAUCGAGAGAAGGAAAGAAGUUGAGAGCAUCUUGAAGAAGAACUCAGACUGGAUUUGGGAUUGGUCAAGUCGGCCAGAAAACAUCCCCCCCAAGGAGCUCCUGUUCAAGCACCCGAAGCGCACGGCCACGCUCAGCAUGCGGAACACGAGUGUGAUGAAGAAGGGGGGCAUCUUCUCGGCGGAGUUCCUGAAGGUCUUCCUCCCAUCCCUGCUGCUGUCUCACCUGCUGGCCAUCGGGUUGGGGAUCUACAUUGGAAGGCGCCUGACAACUUCCACCAGCACCUUCUGAUGAAGAGUCGGAACCUGGCUUUUUUCCUAUAGCGGGGAUUUUGGUUGGAGGCGGCGGCAGCACCAACACAGAGCGGUCUCGGUCCGUGGGUAGCUGCGCCACUUGUUUGGUCUGUUUGUUCUUAAAUGCUGCGUUGCUAAUUUAGUAGAAAGAAAAGACAAAGACCACGCUAACCUGUAAUCAUACGAUGGGAUCAACUACUAAGCAUGUCAUACUGAUUAACAUCUAAUAAUUUGGUAGUAAAUUUUGUUUGGCUAUUAUAAAUAUCGAAGUAUAAAUAAUUUUAACACACUAGAUACAACACAUGUAGUAUUUUAACAGAAAUUACCUGUCACCAGUUAUUCAGUUAAAAUACUUUAUAUUUGAAAAGAAUGAAUAAUGUUUAUUAAAAUGACUACAUAAGGGGUUUAUCCCAAAUGAAUAUUGUGGCCUUAUAUUCACACUGUUAGAGGAAACACUACAUUUAAGUGGGUGCAGGUUGUCUUUACUAAAGACAACACUGGACUCUGCUGUUCCUGGUUACGCAGCGGAAUCCGAGGAGCAGAUACAGACCCCACUGUACGGUUCGGACACUUAGCAGCCGUCUGGGCAGUCCGUCUCCUGUCCCGGGCGCCUGCUGAGGAUCCUAACUAACUCAUCACUCUGGAUUGCUGAAUUUAGUCUACUCUUUGUGUUUGGUUUUUGUGUGCUCUUAGAAUCAGCUUCAUUCUAAGCAAACCUGUGUCUACUUCAAAAGACUGGAAAUAGAAAAAAAAUAAAUCUUUGCCAAAUCCUUCA